CUUUGGCCAACUUCUGUGACUGAAUCGGAACGACUUUCUGCAGCCGGAGGGGGAGUUUCCUGGUGAAGCCACUGAGCUGGGAAUGUCUGUGCGAGUUGACUUUUAUCAAGGCCUUGCAACUGGAUUCCAGCACAAAGAGCUAGGACGCGCGCUCGCCCCCAAGGGCCCAUUGGAGCCUGUUUGCUGGGGUGGCUCCAGGUCGGUUUUUCCUAGCAACUCUAGUGAGACUUCCAAACUUCUAGGCUUCUGACUUACCUCAGAAUUUGUCCCCGCCUCUCGAUUGCUCCCCUUAGGCCCUUGGUUACCAGGGUUCCAGUCAUUGCCUUAGGGCGUCCUUGGAACCCGGUCUGCAGUGAGAGUGGGGAGGGGGCACCGGGAGCGAUGAAGCCGUCCUGGCUACAGUGUCGCAAAGUCACUGGCGUGGGGACACUCGGGGGACCCUUGCCCGCAACCCCUUCAUCCCGGGGAGCUGGAGCGGCCCUCAGGGCUUUAGUGGCCUCGGGCCCACGGGGCAAUCUCGGGGGGCGCAGCGGCCGGGCGCUGUCGUCGGGCGGCGGCUGCGAGUACAGGACCCACUUCGCAGCCUCGGUGGCCGACCCAGAGAAGUUCUGGGGAAAAGCUGCUGAGCAGAUCAGCUGGUACAAGCCCUGGACCAAAACACUGGAGAACAGAUACCCACCUUCCACCAGUUGGUUUGUGGAAGGAAUGCUUAACAUUUGUUACAAUGCUAUUGAUCGUCAUAUUGAAAAUGGAAAAGGCGAUAAGAUUGCUAUCAUCUAUGACAGUCCUGUUACAAAUACAAAAGCAGAGAUUACCUACAAGGAAGUCCUGGAGCAGGUCUCUAAACUGGCUGGUGUGUUGGUCAAGCAUGGAAUCCAAAAAGGUGACACUGUGGUUAUCUACAUGCCCAUGAUCCCACAGGCCAUAUACACCAUGCUGGCCUGCGCCAGGGUCGGUGCCAUCCACAGCCUCAUAUUUGGGGGGUUUGCCUCCAAAGAACUAAGUACUCGCAUUGAUCAUGCUAAGCCCAAGGUGGUUGUUACAGCAUCCUUUGGCAUUGAACCCGGAAGGAAGGUGGAAUAUGUACCACUUCUGGAAGAAGCAAUAAGAAUAGGACAGCACCAACCACAGAAAGUUCUCAUUUACAAUCGCCCCAAUAUGGAGAAGGUUCCCUUGGUGCCAGGUCGUGAUCUUGAUUGGGAAGAAGAAAUAUCAGAAGCCCAGUCACAUGACUGUGUCCCGGUCCUCUCAGAUCACCCACUAUACAUCCUUUACACAUCUGGAACAACGGGACUGCCCAAGGGUGUGGUUAGGCCCACAGGAGGAUAUGCUGUGAUGCUAAACUGGACAAUGUCUUCAAUAUAUGGCCUUAAACCUGGAGAGGUAUGGUGGGCAGCUUCUGAUUUGGGCUGGGUUGUUGGACAUUCUUACAUCUGUUAUGGACCUCUUCUCCACGGGAACACAACAGUUUUAUAUGAGGGGAAGCCCGUGGGAACACCAGAUGCUGGUGCUUAUUUCCGAGUGCUUGCAGAGCAUGGGGUAGCGGCCUUGUUUACAGCGCCUACUGCAAUUAGAGCGAUCCGUCAACAGGACCCAGGGGCAGCCUUGGGGAAGCAGUACUCUCUUACAAGGUUCAAAACAUUAUUUGUGGCUGGAGAAAGAUGUGAUGUGGAGACAUUGGAAUGGUCCAAAAAUGUCUUCAGAGUACCUGUCCUGGACCAUUGGUGGCAAACAGAAACUGGAUCCCCAAUUACAGCAUCAUGUAUUGGAUUAGGUAACUCUAAAACGCCUCCACCAGGGCAAGCUGGGCUGUGUGUCCCAGGAUACAAUGUUAUGAUUUUGGAUGACAACAUGCAAAAACUGAAGGCUCGAUGUUUAGGAAAUAUUGUGGUAAAGUUGCCUUUACCACCUGGGGCCUUUUCAGGACUCUGGAAGAAUCAGGAAGCAUUCAAGCACUUAUACUUUGAAAAAUUUCCUGGCUACUAUGAUACCAUGGAUGCUGGUUACAUGGAUGAGGAAGGUUAUGUCUAUGUUAUGUCUCGCAUGGAUGAUGUAAUAAAUGUUGCAGGUCACAGAAUUUCUGCAGGGGCAAUUGAAGAGACAGUCCUUUCCCAUGGUACUGUGGCAGACUGUGCCGUGGUUGGAAAAGAAGAUCCGUUGAAAGGGCAUGUCCCCUUCGCUCUUUGUGUAUUGAAAAAAGAUAUAAAUGCAACAGAGGGUCAGGUUUUGGAAGAAAUUGUGAAACAUGUUAGACAGAGCAUCGGUCCUGUAGCUGCUUUUCGAAAUGCAGUGUUUGUCAAACAGUUACCCAAAACCAGAUCUGGCAAAAUUCCACGCUCUACUCUAUCUGCCCUAGUCAAUGGAAAGCCAUAUAAGGUGACUCCCACCAUUGAGGACCCCAGCAUUUUUGGACAUAUAGAGGAAGUGCUGAAGCAGGCCUCAUGACUAUAUUCAUUCUUUUCAUUCCUUUGUUGAUCUGGUUAAUUUUCUAGAUGAAAUUAGACUAUUUUUCCACUAGAAGGACCUAUUUAAAUAGAAAUGACUUGCCCAUUGAAAUGUGAAUUGUGAAGCUUGAUGUAAGCCAAUUGGUAAUGAAUAGAGAACAAACCUGUACCUGUUGAUUUCUGUGACUCAAUUUGCAUUGUUGCCAAUUGUCUGUAAAGUGCCUCAUUUUAUGUUGUCCAGCAUAUUAAGAAAAAAUGUCUUAGUUUAAAAUCACAUCAAAACAAUUUGAAACUGAUCAUGUCUGAACAUAUAUUUCCACUUAAAUUUCUAUAAAAUGAUUAAUCUUUUUAAAUACAAUGUUGAAAGAUGAUUUUUAGUUUAUAUAAUUUAUGUAGAGUAGGUGGAAUUCAGUAAUGACUUAUAGUUCAAUAUGCAUCAGUAAUCAAAGCAUAUAUUUAAAUGAAAAAUAGGUAUCAGUCCCAUUGAAUUUUGGGAGGUUUUGAAACAAGUUGUUCUAACUUCAUAAGCUGUUUGGGAAAGUAUGUAUAAGAUACAGUAGAGAGUUGACUUGUGUUCACUCAAAAAUAAUGCAACUCUUGUAUAGAAACAUCCUAAAAAUCUUAACUCUUGUUGGUCUAUAGACAAAAUAAAUGUCUUCUCAAAGUAUUAAAUGCUUCAUUGUGUAAACUGCCUUCUUGAAGAUUACUUAAAAAAUCAUCUUUACUUAUUCCACUAACUUGAAUUAAAGUAACUUGAUAGU